AGCUGACGUAUCUGCUUCAACGUUUAAACAUGGCGACAUCCUAGGUCCGUCGUAUGUGUCAAACAUUUCGUCUCUUCCAAGUCUUGACCCUUUGUAGGGGUCACACUGCGUCCUACAUAGAACGGAAAGCCGAAAUAAAAUGUUAAUGUCUCCAUUUUAUAUUUACAGAAUCAAUAAGUACAUAUGACAAUAAGAAUCGUACGUUUUUAAGUGCAUAUCAUAAGUAAGCGGUCUACAAGCAGCGUUGACAAGGGAGAGUCUACCUAACUCCAAAAUCUCGAUAACGUACAAUUUAAAAGUUCAUCAUUCAUCUGAAACAUGACGUCGUUCGUAGCAGAUGUCCUGGCCACAGCAGGAAAGCUUGAGAAAUUGAAUCUUCACAAGAAUAUCAGCGAGAUACAAAAGGAGAUAACGAGGUUGGAGUGUGAAGUUAAGCACUUCAUGGACGAAAACUAUACUGAAUUCAGUGCCAAGUUGACGAGAGACGUGCACCUAGUUAAAAAAACUGAGCAGUUACUCGAGGAGAUAAAUAUUCUGCACGACAGAAUAAACAGUCAAAUCAAAAUAGAGCUGUCUGGGUCGACAAAGGAAUUGAAAAGCCUGUCACAGUCGUUGAAGGAGUCGACUAUCAGUCUGCAAUUGUCUCAGCAGCUGAUAUGCCUCCACGAGUGCAUAAAAUCUGUAAAGCAGACGCGGAAGCUAAGGCAAUACAUAAAGACUGCGCGAACCCUGCAAGAGAUGCGAUCCGUACUGAACAAUCCUCACGAUCUCCUUCAGGAUCUCGAGAUCUACGUUGCGAUCAAGGACGAGUACUGCAAUCUCUACCAGUCGUGUUUGACGGAGGUGGUGAAACUUCUGCACGAUCGGAUUUGCUGGAACAGCAGUGUGCGGGACGACAAGACGGUCCACUCGGUCACCAUCAAGACCGAGUACGACGAUGUGCAGGAAUUGAUACAAGCGCUGCACCUUAUCGAUAAUCUCGAAAGCGAUUUGCGAACGUUUUCGGCGGUAUUGAUCGACAACAUAAUCAGUCCCAUCAUUCACGAGCACUGUUCGGUGCACGUCGUCAAGCAGAGGGUGUUCACCGUUGAAAUAUUGGACAGGAAGAAGACGCCGUGCUACAAAGUCGUGCUGUACAACCUGAAGUUACUCUUCAAGUUUCUCCAUCAACACUUGAACCUGCCAAUCACCGACGACAAGACCUUCCUGAAGAAGAUGCAGCCCCAUUUGCUGGAACGCCUGUCGCACAUGUUGACAACGGACUGCAUCUCGCACACUAUCCCGACUUCCAACGCGGAUCUGAAGAACUUCAAGCCCGUUGUCGAAGCGAUUAACGAAUUUCAAGACUAUCUGAUGGAAAUUGGGUUCCUCUCGGAGGAUCAACUUUUUCUGUCAGAAUACACAAACAAUAUCGACAAACUUUUCAUUGAUAGAAUAUGCCAAGAUUUAUUAGUUAAAGCUAGAAAUAUUAUGAAGAAGGACUUGCAUGAUUCUGUUCGAUACGAGCCACAGGAACCGCCUAAACUUACCAACAAGGUUUUUGAAAACGAUCACAAGUUGAACAUCGAAAAGAAAUUAAACGAUAUGACAUUUCAGUUACCAAGAUGUCAAAUAAGUAAAAGCGCACAAGAAACGCUGGAACUAGCGAGGACAAUAUUGGACGAGGCUCGCGACAGUUCGGACGCUUGCGCCGUUAGAUUAUUUUAUACGUGUAGGAAUGUCUUUGAAAUGUACGCCGGAUUGGUGCCAGAACACCAUAGAAAAUUUCUGGAAACGAUACCGCAACAAGUUGCUCUGUUCCACAAUAAUUGCAUGUAUCUCGCCCACCAUCUACUCACACUGAUACAUGAAUACAGAGAUAAAUUCUCAAGAAAUCUGCAACGGUUGAACUUGAGUCUCGCCGAUCAAGUUGUGGUACUUCGCAAUGUCGGCUCGCAGUGUUUCUUGGAACACAUGAAGUUUCAAAGAAACAUCAUUUUCGAUAUCAUUAAGGAUUCCGAUUUCUCGUGCUUGGAUCAAAGACCACAGUUAGAUUCCAACACUGAACGUGCAUUGAGACAAUGUAUCAGGCAGUUAGAAUUGUUAAAGACUGUCUGGGUAGACGUGUUGCCGAUAAAUGUCUACUGCAAAACUCUUGGAUGCAUAACAAAUUCCAUGAUCGACGACCUGGUGACGAAAGUCGUGACCGUGGAGGAUAUUCCAGUUCACGUAGCGUCAGAGCUGGUAACUUUGUUCAACAUGGUAGUGAAACGGACGCCGCAGAUAUUUCCUGAUCCAAGCAAGAUUCAAGAGCACGUACGUAAAUGGGGAAAGUUCUUGACAUUGAUCAAAGUACUUGGGGCAUCGCUGAAAGAAAUCGAAAUUAUGUGGGGCAACGGAAAGGGGCCGUUAGCACACGAGUUCACUGCGUUACAAGUUAAGCAGCUGAUUCGGGCGUUAUUCCAGAACACUGAACGAAGAUCUAAUGUCCUAGCCACUAUAAGAUAAAAGUUGUAAACUACAAAGGCAUCUACAGUACAUAUAUAUAAAACCGUACAUAUAUAUAUAAAACUGUGAAUAAAUGGCCUAUACUUGUACACAUUCCACAUCUAAGUUUAACAUGCAAAAUAUCCCAGAGCAAGAUAUUUUUUUACUAGAUCUGGAAUGCUUUGUGCACGUAGUACUUUUACAGUUAACACAUCAGUUUUAUAUACUUUUGUAUAAAAAAAAGAAACGUGUACAUCGAAAAUAAAAUAUAAAAUAUGUGUA